UCCCAGCGACUCAUUUAGUCGCUCACCUGGCCCGACGCGCGCGCCAUCACUCGUGACAUGUCAAUCGCGAUUGACUAUGGAGUGCAGUAGGAUCCCGUUUUUCGCGACGUUCAGGCAGACCGGCACUGUGAUAAUACGAGUGAAGAUGGAGUGCCCCGAGUGUAGGUCGAGGGCCUGCCCGCCCUACCGACCCGCCGGGCCUCUCACCUGUGAAAAAUGCUUCAGGACUAGAUCGACAAAUUUCAGUAACUGUGAUAGUGAAAAAGUGACGGGACGACAGUAUAGAGCGAGCUCGGCGAGAAGCAAAUACGUCAACGUCUGCGCGGCGGUCUGUCUCGUGUUGCUCGUUGGUGACAUCCUGCCGUUGUCGUCGGCAGCGCCGCGCCGCCGCACCAUGUCGAGAGACAGACGAUCCACGGAGGAGAACAGCCUAUGGGGGAAUCCGUGUGACUACGGGGCUAAUGUCAAAGCGACAAAAUACUCAGCAAAACUCGCGUCUCGGGUUGCGAAUCAGGCGAGAAGUGCAUACAAAUCAACGUCGUCAUACAAAGAUGAAUUCGCGUCAAAAUUGCACAGUUACUCAAACUUUGAGAAGUUACUCCCAGUGUGGAGCGGGUACGACUGGCUCAGAAACUUCACGUGGUUCAGAGAGGAGGUGCUUCCUAAGGAGAAGGUCAUCAAUGGCGAAAUGCCGCCGCAGUAUCUCGAUGAACUGAUGAAUCACAUCGACGAAGUUCUCCCGGUGAUGUACAAGGGUCUAAAGAUGAUAGUCGCCGGCCUCAACUCUAUCAGCCAGGAGGGCCUGAACGAGGACAUUUUCACGGAUGUCAGCAUGAAACAGAACAUCGCGCAGAGUGUGCAAGACGUUAGGGCAGUGCUGUGCGUGUUCUUUGACGUCAUGAAAUCUCGCAACUUGGAAAUACCGCCGCUGCUAGACUCCGAAGUCCAAGACAUCAGCAAGGAGGAGAAGUUGAGAUACUCUCUGCUCGUCUACCGGGACACCCUCAACUACUUGGAGUACCUCGCGCAAGUUUUCCAGAAGAUGAACGAUAUGGAACAAGCCUAAGUGCGACAUCCUUCGUUAUGGCUGUUCAACGUCCGGUGAUUUUGGGUACAAGAUUCGACGACAUUGGAAUCUUGCACCUUCGGCUGUUACAUAGUAUUGCCAUCAUAUUGCCAUUUUUGGUUAUAAUGAAUUAGUUCCUUUUAUAAAUAUAUAUUUUGUAAAUA